AUGUGCGCUGAUAAAAUAAAAACCAACAAUGGUCCAUAUCUACAAAAAACAUUGUUUGGUUGGGUAGUAGUAGGUAAAACGUCAAAUAAUUUAAAUAUGACAAGACCGAACACAUGUUUGUUAGCAACUCAAAAUCAAUACAAAACAUUACGAAGAUUCUUGUCAUUAGAAAAACGAUUACUCAAUAAUACCGAGCUAUAUACCAAAUAUAAAAUGUUUAUGAUAGAAUAUGAAAGGCUUGAACAUAUGGAGUGUGUUAACAAUGCAGGCAGCGAUAAACAAGUAAUCAAUGACAAUAAUUGUUUUUAUCUACCGCACUCGUAUGUGAUAAAUGACCGCAGUAGAACAACAAAACUUCGUGUUGUUUUCGACGGGUCAGCAAAAACAAGUACCGGCAUAUCAUUAAAUGAUACGCUAAUGAAUGGUCCAAAACUACAGCCUGAUCUGUUAGAAAUCGUAAUUCGAUUUAGAACACAUAGAUAUGCGUUUUCGGUCGAUAUAAAAAAAAUGUAUCGACAAGUAUUAAUACACAAGGAAGAUCGCGAUUAUCAACGCAUAUUGUGGAGAUCCGAUCCAAAUAAUGAAAUUAAAAUUUAUAAAUUAUGCACAGUUACGUACGGUUUAGCACCUGCAGGAUUUUUGGCAGUAAGUUGUGUUAACCACGUUGCUGAAGACACCGCAAACGUAAAACUAAAAGAAAUUAUAAAAAACGAUUUCUGUGUUGACGAUUGUCUUACCGGAGCGGAUACAUUGACGGAAGCAAUACAAUUACGUAAUGAACUAAUUUCAGUUAUGCAUAAGGCAGGAUUUGAAUUAUCUAAAUGGACAGCAAAUCAUAAGAAUCUAAUCCCGGACACAAAUGAAAACGAAGCAUCGGCUGUAUCAAUGGAUAAAGAGAGUGUGAAGACGUUGGGCUUAUAUUGGGAACCAAACAGUGAUUAUUACACCUACGUCGUUCAAACUCCGAAAACAAACAUUAAGGUAACCAAAAGAGACAUUAUUGCUGGACUAGCAACAGUAUUCGAUCCAUUAGGUUUAGUAGGUCCAGUAAUAUUAGUGGGCAAAAUAUUAUUACAAGAUUUAUGGCGUGAAAAAAUAGGAUGGGACAGUCAAAUUCCACCACACAUGCAAUUGGUGUGGGACGGUUAUAUCAGUUGCUUAAAUGAGCUCAAUUCAUUUAAUAUACCACGUUGGCUUGGAUCUGAUAAUGAUAAACAAAUCGAAAUACACGGGUUUGCAGAUGCGUCCAUGAAAGCGUACGGCGCCUAUAUAUAUAUGCGUACGUCAGAUAAAGACGGUAAUAUCACAUGUCAAUUAGUGUGUGCCAAAUCUCGUAUUACGCCAAUAAAGGUAAUUUCUAUUCCUAGAUUGGAACUGUGCGCGGCGCUACUCUUAUCACGUUUAAUGUCCACAAUUAUACCAGCACUUAACAUAAGUGUGUCUAAAAGAUAUUUUUGGACAGAUUCUACUGUCACUUUGGCCUGGCUAGCAGCAGAUUCCGGCAAGUGGAAAACAUUUGUUGCAAAUCGCGUCAGUGAAAUCCACACUUUAACUAAUAGAUUGGAGUGGGGACAGGUAAAAUCGAACGACAAUCCAGCUGACGUAUUGUCACGCGGGUGUACGCCAAACGAAUUAAAAAACAAUACGCUUUGGUGGCACGGUCCGGUAUGGUUAAAGAAUAAUGAAUUUAAAUGCUCAACAGCAUACACCGAAGAUUACGAAAAUAUAAAUGAUAUUAAAAAUGAAGAAAGGAUUACGCCUAUUGUGGUGUGUACAACAAAGGUGGGCGCGUUAUUCGAUAUUGAUAAGUAUUCGUCGCUGAACAAAUUAUCGCACGUCGUUGCGUAUUUGUUACGAUACAAAAACAACUCAUUAUCAAAACGUAAUAACAUUCCGCGAAUCACCGGCACGCUUACUGUAUACGAGAUAUCAACCGCAAUAAAAGCAAUAAUUAAACUAUUACAAGGCUUAUAUUUCUCUUCCGAAAUUAAGGAUUUAAAAGGCAAACGUAAUGUGUCGUUGAGUAGUAAGAUAUACAAAUUAAACCCGUUCAUAGAUGAUGAUGGCAUCGUGCGCUACAACACAUUACGCAUCAAAUUUGGAGACGUUGGAGCAGUAGGAGAGUAUUUAAGUCAACUCCAGGAACGUUCCAAAUGGAAUAAGUCUGAUAGUUCCGUUUUAAAAAUUGGGUCUAUGGUUUUGAUAAAAGAUCAAAAUUUGCCUCCGUUACAAUGGCACCUGGGCCGGGUGAGCGAAAUAUUUCCGGGUAAUGACGGCGUGGUACGAGUCGCAACAGUCAAUACACGGAGCGGGCCGUGGAAGAGAGCGGUGAGGUUAUUAUGUCUAUUACCAAUACAAGAUAAUGAUGAAUCAAACCCAAAAUAA